GGAAAAAACAGCACAGUUCUCAUCGCCGCCGACGGGAGCAUUUUGAACCAUACUUCAAUCAAACCACGCCAUUCACUCUACCUCCUUACCCACCGCCACAUCUCGGUCUACUUCCUCCCGCCCCCGUCGGCCAGAUGACUCGAUUACCAUUGAUUCAGUAGACCUGCCAACCACACCUUUCACUAUUGAACAGCCACUACCUUCACUCCCAAUCCUCGGCACCAACCUCGGCACCCCGUGCACAGGCAAUCCAGCGACGAGCCCGCCAUGUUCACAAUCACGGGGUGCAGACAUAUCUCGAAAGAAACUCUGUAUGAGACCUUCGGGCGGCGGGGCAUUGUGGAUUACGACAAUGGCCGUCGAGGUCGGUUUUUGGAUGACUUCGACCGACGACAGCGGGCAACCUGGAUGAGGGCGGGCGCUAAAUGGCCGCCGUGUUCGCAACAUCAUCGCCAUGUGGGGGCCCCUUGGUUUGGGUCGCGUCUUCGCAGAGAAUGGGUACGAAGAGUUCAGGAUCGAGUUGACCACCCAAUGAUGGAAUCACUCAUGAAGUUUGGAGAGAAGUGUUUGUCCAUGCCAACAACGAAUCCCACCCACAACGCCCCCGACCCCGACGCCCACACACGCCGGGAUUGGAGAGGCGGAAUAACGUGGGGAGGAGGGAGAUAUAAGGAGGGGAGGACAGCGAGAUCAAAGGAGGGGACGGUACGGCGCCCUAGCUGGGUGACCGUGGCGGUCGGGCUGUGAGGUUUUAUUUUUUGGCAGCGCACUCGCCGACAACUCCUUUCCCCGACACCCCCUCUCAACUACAAAUGGCCGCGCCUGCUGCAAUAAUCGCCCGGAUCCAAGCCG